GUACCGAGCGAAAGUUUGCUCCCACCUAUACUAUACACGUUGACAUUCUUUUGAUUCGAGUUCAGAAGUGUCUCAGCUCUCGACUUCUACAGAGACGAAGAGUGAAAAAGGAGGAAGCAGAAGCAAAGCAAAGCAAAGAUGAUGACCAACGCUGACCCAGCGUAUGAUCGAGCAUCGGAGGUCAAGCAGUUCGACGACUCUAAGAUCGGAGUUAGGGGCCUCGUCGAAUCCGGCAUCACCACCAUCCCUCGCUUCUUCGUUCACCCAUCCGACACCCUCCCUCGCCCUUCUGGUCCCACCACCGCGCUUCCCUAUGAAAUUCCCGUUGUCGAUCUCUCCGGCGUCAACUCCGACCGUCGAUCGAUCAUCAUCGACCAAGUCCGAGCCGCUUCCAGUAAGCUGGGCUUCUUCCAGGUCACCAACCACGGCAUCCCCACCGACGUGCUCCACCGCACGGUUGCCGCCAUCAAGGCCUUCAACGAACUUCCGGCGGAAACUAAACCGCAGUAUUACCAUCGGGACAUGAGCAGCGGCGUAUCGUUCUCGACCAAUUUCGAUCUCUUCCAAUCCAAGGCGGCGAGUUGGAGGGACACGCUUCAGGUGAGGCUCGGUCCUACGCCUGCGGAUUUCGAGGCUCUUCCGGAGGUUUGUCGGACGGAGGUGACUAAGUGGGACCAGCACAUCCAACGGCUAGGAGAGACGCUGAUGGAGAUUCUGUCGGAAGGGCUGGGGUUGGAGCGUGGAACGUUGAAGGAGCUGUCGUGUUUGGAAGCGAGGGUUAUGGCGGCUCACUACUAUCCCUAUUGUCCUCAGCCCGAUCUGACGUUUGGGAUUACAUCUCACACCGAUCCAGGAGCGUUGACGGUGGUGUUGCAGAACCACAUCGGAGGGUUGCAGGUGAAGAACGGUGGAGACUGGGUGGACAUUAAACCCGUCGACGGUGCUCUCGUCAUCAACGUCGGCGACAUUCUCCAGAUAUUAACGAAUGACGAGUACAGGAGUGUGGAGCACCGAGUGCUGGCCAAUCCGUUCCGUGACCCACGAGUCUCGAUUGCCAUUUUCUUCAAUCCAAGCAAAAGAGGUAACUUGUUUGGACCACUGCCGGAGUUAGUAUCAGAGGAAAAGCCGGCGCUUUACCGGCCGUUUCAAUUCUCGGAGUUCAUGAGAAGGUUUUUCACAAAGGAAUUAGAUGGGAAGUCCUUGAUAAACUACUUCAGAUUGUCUGAAACAGAAGACCAAAUUGGUGAAUGAAACAACAGAAAUUGACGUACUGGUUCAUGUAUUAAACUAUUCGACUGUGUUGUAUGCUUGUAUUCAAGGCCCCAUUGAGUCUUUCAGAAACCUUUCUCUCUAA